AGCUGAAAAUAUCGAAAAAGGUCGGAGCUAUUUAAAUUGAAUGCAGAACGUAAUUGUUCGAAACUGGCAAAAACAUCAUUAAUGUAUAAGUCACCCAGACAGCGCAGGCCAUUCCUCUCCAAAGAUGUAAAUCGUGGGUCAAUCCUAGCUGGUAUAAAAAGGUGAUUAUUACGUAUGGGCGUUGCUUUAGGGAGGGAAAGCCACUCAAAGUGUCGUCUAAUUUGUGACCAUACAAUGUUUAGAAUUUUAACUGCAGAACUCAAUUAAACACUAGGUGUCUGAGUUACAUAUUGCUCCUUUAAAACAUCUUAUUUUCUUCAUGGGAGAUGAACAGUAAACAUCCAAACAUAGCACACUUCAAAGCAAAAAAAACUAGCUGCUGAUGUGUUUAAAUGUUUGUUUUUUUAUUCUCCAUCAGUGCUGCUCAGAGUCAAACCACACUGGAGUCCCUGCAGUGCCACUUCACCUGGGACCUGGUCCACAGCAGGCCGAAACUGUUACGCCUCACGCACAAGAUGGAGGACAUCCGCACCGAGGAUGGAAAUCGAUGGUUGGGCCACAGUUACAACCUGUGGGGGUUCAUUCAGUAUAAGCUGGGGUUAAAUGAAGAGGCUAAGAGUUUGUUUCAGAAGGCUGCAGAGACCCUCAACAAGCUGAGAGACGCAGAUGAGGGUCCUUGGUUAGUGGUGAACUACGGGAACCUGGCCUGGCUGCACCACCACCUGGGAGAUCAAGCAGAGAGUCAGGCUUACCUGUCAAAGGUUGAUGCCCUGAUGGAAAAAUACUCAUCUCCAUCCCAGGACGAGCUCCAUCCAGAGAUCUGCGCUGAAAAGGCCUGGACCCUGAUGUUCUUCGGAGAGGAUAAGAAGCUGGUUGUUGAUUACUUUGAGAAAGCUGCCAGGAUGCAGGCGGACAUGGUGGAUUGGAACACCAGCUAUGUCAUAUGGUUAAAGAACGCCCAAAACUUCAGUGACCCAAGGCUGGACCCUGACCUCUUGGAGAAAAUGAGACAAGCCAAGGAACGGGAUCCAGAGAACUUGUACCUCGCUGCACUCUACCUUGAACAACGUGCUGAUGAAGGAGAAAACAUUCGAGAUGAAGUCUGUGAGUUGGCUGGAAAUGUGAGCACUCUGUGCUGCAGUGACAGUGGCAUGUGGGCCUUACUAAACCUUUACAUAAAAUACAUAUCAGUUGAUGAGGCCGUUGAUUUGGCAGAGAAAGUUCUGAACGAACAUCCAGAUGUGCGUUAUCUGAAGAAAUUAGUUGCGCUCUGCUACAGGUGGAGGAUCAUUUAUAAAAGCAGUAGUUCCCCAGAACAAAGCAUGGUGGACAGAGCAAUCGCUCUCCACGAGGAGCUGAUCUCUCUUUACCCUCACUCUUUACUCAAAAACGAAACAGACCUCGCAACUAUCUAUGCAAAGUCACAUCACAGCAAGGCCAAAGCUGAGCAGAUAUUUCAUAGACUGCUCAAAAAUGAACCUGCAGAACCUUCAGACAAACAGAUGCUUUACAAAAUAUAUGCAAAUCAUUUAUACUUUACUCUAAAUGACUCCCACAGGUCGAUACAGUAUCACAUGAAGGCAAAAUCUUCCUUCCGUGAGAACAGCAUCAGAAUCCUAGAGGAGAAUAAAUACCGAGGCAUAAUGUGCAGAGAAAUAGAGGAGUUUCUCAGAAAUCUGCAAGAGCCAAGGCAGUAAAGAUAGGGAGGCAGAGGUGUUUUGCUUUCAAGUGGUAAUAAAGAGCAACAGAAUCCUGAAGAAGAAUGAAAAACAGGAGGCGUCCAAAAAAUAAGGAUAAAAACUAAAUAAAAACGAAUUUCUUGUAAUUCAAAACUAUUUGAAAUAAAUUAAAAGAAGGUUUA